AUGUAUCACAUAUCUCGGCUAUCAGAAGCGGUCUAUGUGGGACUAUGUCAUAAGAUAGGGACUCCCACAGAAGUAAGGUUCAGGAGAGAAGUGAUGGAAACAGAGGAGGUUGUGGGUAAACGUAGAAGCAUCAUGAUGGGAUUGCAGCAAAUGACGAGUGGGAGCAGGCGUGAAGGAUUCAAUCUAUCUUCCUCAGAUCACGAUAUCAUGUAUUGGUAUUCUAACCACAAGGUCAUUUGUGAUCUCUCACAUAUCACUUUCUACCGGGUCCCACAGAAUACCUUGAUUCUGAUGGAUUGUGAUGAUUUACCACCGGGAUUUACCAGACUGAAUUUGAUGAGUCCUUCAAAUAGAGGAGUAAUAAGAUCCUCCUGUAUAAUGAUAAAUAACGAAAAUUACAUAUCUAGUACAUUAUUUCGUUAUAACAUUUUACAGUCACUUCAGGACAGCUCUAUCACUCCACAUGGACCAUCUGUUACCACUUCCGAUGUCCUAGGAGCAGAUGUUGACCGUGUGAUCUGUUUACAGUCACAUCACUGGCCGACACAUGCUUUACCGUGGAAACUCCGAUGUCGUCAUCGGGGCUGGCCUUCGGAGAUUAUUGUAUCGGAUAUAUCAAGUGGGGGAUUCCAUGUCGUUCCUAUUGGUAGCACACCUGAAAAUGGAGAAGAAUGGCGAAUUUCAUUCUCGCAAGCAGAACAAAAACUUGUUUAUUCGAUGAAUCACAGUCAGUUUUUGUGCUAUGGUCUCUUUAAAGUUUUUCUUAAGGAAGUUAUUAAUUUUCAGGAAAAUGAACCUAUUCUUUGUUCAUACUUCAUAAAAACAAUUGUAUUUUGGGUAAUUCAGACUAAUAAUUCCUUGAUUUGGACACCUGAUAGCUUAUUGAAUUGUUUCUGGGAAUGCCUCAAAUUAUUGAUAUUCUGUGUACACAUUGGAAAUUGUCCGAACUUUUUUAUUCCACAAAACAACAUGUUUCGUCUGAAAGUUACUGGUUGCGUACAAACAUCAUUGUUCCAUCAGUUGUAUGAACUGUAUUGUAAGGGGAUACCAUGUCUAUUAUUAAGUCCAACCCUAAGACCUUACCUCAACAAAGCUAUUUUAAAUAGAACUUUAAGAAUCUCUACAGAUGAGGGCAGUAUCAUAUCUAUCAUUGAGUUAGAUGUAAGCUUUUUUAGGGAAUUAUACACAACAAUGGAUUGGCCUUUUUGUUUUGAGGACUUUGCAGUUUGCUUGAAACAAAUAGAGAGAGUGCUUAAAGAUAGACUGACACCAUAUCAAGCAACUAUAUUACAAUGGAUAACAUCAAAAGUAUUACGGCGGACUUCCUUUUUCAUGCAAAGUAUCAUAUAUCCAAAUAAUAAAUGCAAUAAGGUUUAUUACAAAACAAAUAAAGUAUCCGGAUUAUUAAAAUUAUCAUGUUCGUUUGGCUGUGUGUCAGAUAGUUUGUAUCUUGCUAUGUACUUUUACAGAACUUAUAGAUAUGAACAUUCACUCAAUUGUUUACAGAGAGCACAAGACAGAAUUUCAUUGCCAUAUAUUGUUUAUAACCAGCAUGUUAAUGUAGACAUGUACAGAUUCUAUGUGCAGGGGGCGUGUCUGAGUAGAAAAUUCAGGAGGGCUAAAGUGGAUACUAUUACAUUAGAGGGAAAAUACACUUUCAUAGACGAAUUAGUGUUAGAGCAGAAGGUUUCUAAUAAGAAUCGUUUCGGUGUCUUGUUUAUUCCACCUUUGGUUAUGUUACACAUGUUGUUUAUAUUGAAUCACCACAGAUUGCGUGACACAGUCAGGUCACAACAAUCUCUACAGAUUCUACAGACUCUGCUUCUGCAAGAUAACAAUGUUUAUGUACCUAAUUUUCUUCGGGACAUUUCAUGGCAAAUACUGGGUAUCUGCCAACAAAUCUGUGGAGACUAUGUAGGAUCUCAAGCGUCUUUUCAAAUUUCGUUACAACAAGAACCAUUACACAAGAUUCAGGAAGCGACACUGUUAAGAAUGAACACAUCUCAAUAUGAAGCGAUGCAAUUUUAAAUAUUUUAGUUAAACUGUCUACACAUAU